AUGAGGGUCAGAUGGGCUGGAGAUGGGAACUCCGCUGCCGAACCUUUUAGUACGCGUCAAGACGCCUGGCAGGAUUCGACGACUGCUAUCGAAGAGCUUCCAAGCCUCCCAGGUGAUCACCGCACAACAACGCCUUCACCCGAGGAAGAUGGCGACGCACCCAACUGGACGUCGAGUCUGAACGACUACCUUGGCUACUUCUCCCACCAACAUGCUCAGGCGAAAGUGGCUCGUGGACGUGCUAGCGAGCAGUCUUUCGAGCUAUCAAGCAUCUGGGGCUUUGUCUGGGAGCACGUGAGCCAUCAGGUCCGGAGAAGCAGCGACCUUGAUGCGGGCGGACAUAAUUUACUAUAUUCGAAAGCGCUCCAAGACGUUAAUGGAGCGGUCGAGAACGGCGAUAUCUUGGCCAUUUUUGGUAUCACGACACUCGCCUUUCUAGAUGUCAGAGAGGGCCCUUUUGGGCGAUGGGAACAACAUCUUCGAGGCGCACGUGCUCUGCUCGAUCUACAUUGCCCUGGAAUUGAAGACUUACAAAAGCUCUAUGCAGACACGCCAGGACUGAAGCAAGCGAUAUCGCUGCUGAACUGGUACGAUGUCAUGGGAGUGAUAAUACACCAAGAUCGCCGACUGCUAUUUGAGGAUUUUCACCGACAAGAUAUGCAUCCUGACCUGUUCCAACUUGUGGGAUGUCCCGAAGACACGUAUUUCCUUUAUGUGAGAAUUGCGCAGGGACAGAUGAUCUCCCGUCCUCAUCAAAUUCACCACUCAGUCACUGCGCAGAUCAUGAAAGGUUCGCCCUCCUCGUUUGACGACAUCAGCCUCCUCGCAGAUGCUUGGAGGUACACCACGUUUUUCGCUGCACUAGUUUACCUACAGUUUGAUUCGACCUGGACAGAUGAGACGUCCAAUCUCGUGGCGGAUAGGAUCUGUGACAUUCUUGAGCGUAUUCAACCAAGAGAUAUGGUAUACGUCCACUUGCCCGUUACCAUGUUCUUCAUGGUGAUCUAUGCAUCGACUGAGCGUCAUAUGGCCGUGGCAACACGCUCUUGGGCCUAUUUCGAACAGGAGUCAUUGCCGUCUUACCCAAACGCGCAAGCCAUGUGCCAGGCGCGGCGCAGGGAACGGCUGCAGCAACGUCGAAAUAGCUGA